AUGUUUUCCAGCCAUGCGGGCAUCACCUCCGAUGGAAUGUCAAAGGAAAGCUCGCUGUCUCCUGCGGCGCAAAAGGAUGCUGCUGGUCAAGCGGGAAGCGUGAGCUUCAACAACAUGGUGGAAGUGGAAGCUUUGGUCGUCCCCGUCUGCCCAGUUCAUCAUGGGAAGUUCAUGCAGUAUGAGGCCUUAUCUGAGCUCUUAGCCGACUUCCAGAAGCUCAAGACAAUGGCGCAGGAUCCUUCCACUUGUGUGGCUUCCUGCACGGCCUUCUGUAG